AUGCCACCAAAGAAGUUCGUUCGACGAGAGCGCAAGCGCAAGGUUCUGGAACGGAAGAGAGCGCAGGAGAGAGCUACUCACGAUGUCAAUCCAGACACCAAUGCCUUGGAAAUCACACCAGCGCAACAGCUUGAGGCCGAACAGAAGAAAGCUCGCCUCCGUGAGGAGUUGAGGCCUCAGGGUGUCAAGGUCAGCAGCAAAAAGGCGAAGCGUCUCGAGAAGUACAUCGAGAACAAAUUGAAGAAGGAUGAAAACAGGGAACUGCUUGCCAAACUUGCUGCGAACAAGAUUGAUACCAGCCUAUUCGCCAGCAGCAAGUCCCUUGGUCAGACGAAAGAGACCAAGAGGGAGGCUCUGAGGCGCACACUUCGGGAACAGAACGCCGGACUGCCUUUGGACAAGUCAGCGGCGAGUCUUCUCUACCAGCGCCGGAAGCUCAGUGAAGGAGAGGGGUCGGAAGAGGGAGAGUCAAGUGACUCAGAGAGUGAUGAUGAGGAAGACGCGGAAGUGCACCAAAAACAAUCGGCCCCGGAAGAAACCUCUCAGCCACCGGCACCGACACAGCCAGGCCCCGCAACGUUAGGGUCCGGUUUGAAACGUCCGCUUGAGGUCGACGAAUCGGGCCGGCCCAUCCUUGCAAAACGGCAGAAGCGUGGAGGAGUCAAGACAAAAUUCUCGAUCGAAGCACCCGCGGUAUACGAGGAGUCAGGUUCGGAGGAGUGGAAUGGUUUCAGCGAAGGACCUUCGGAAGCGUCAAAUGAAGACUCGGAUAGCGGCGAAUCCAGUGCCAAAGGAAGCGACGGCAGUGAAGACGAGGAGUCGGACGACAGCAGCUCGGAUGGCGACGUGGAGAGCUCGGAGGGCGACAUGGGUUCUGACGACGAAGAAGCAGCCAAGGAGAUCCGCAAACAGAGGUCGUCCGCUUUCAAGGCUUGGGCUCACCAGCAACGCAAUGAAGCGCUGGGCUACAAUCCCAUUGACUCGACUUCGAUGGUUAUAGAUAUACCCAAACCCGCAAAUUUCACGCCGAGGCCAGUCGAGGAAGAUCCCCUACCCAUAGAACUGCAGCCUACGACAAACGUCACCAGAAAGGCCUACGCUGUGGGAGUCACGAGGGAUCCUGAAAUCCAAGAAGCUCGCUACAACUUGCCAGUGGUUGCAGAAGAGCAAAAGAUCAUGGAGGCCAUUCAUAACAACGACGUUGUUGUCAUUUGUGGCGCUACAGGUUCCGGCAAAACCACUCAAGUGCCACAGUUUCUCUUCGAGGCGGGAUACGGAGCACCGGAUGGCCCAACCCCAGGGAUGAUUGGUGUAACCCAGCCGAGGCGAGUGGCAGCCGUCAGUAUGUCGAAGCGCGUGGCUCAGGAAUUAGGAAAUUAUUCCCACGUUGUUGGCUACCAGAUUCGCUUCGAGGGCACGGUGGAUCCCAAUACCGCCAUAAAGUUCAUGACAGAUGGUGUUCUCCUUCGAGAGGUGGCGCAGGACUUUGCGCUUCGGAAGUAUUCGGCCAUCAUCAUUGAUGAAGCUCACGAACGGAGCGUGAACACCGACAUUCUGAUUGCGAUCCUCAGCAGAGUGGUCAAACUCAGGGCGGAAUUGGAGAAGGAAGACCCUUCAAUCAAGCCCUUGAAGAUUAUUAUCAUGUCCGCGACACUCCGGGUCGAAGAAUUCACAAACAAUACAAGGCUGUUCAAGACGCCCCCACGCGUCAUUGAAGUCGAGGGUCGCCAGCACGAAGUUACAAUUCACUUUGCAAAGAAAACACGGCAUGAUUAUGUCGAGGAUGCUUUCCGAAAGAUCAGCAAAGGGCAUCGAAAGCUGCCUCCGGGUGGCAUGCUUGUUUUUCUAACCGGACAGGGAGAGAUCUCGCGAUUGAGCAAGCGUCUGAAGGCUGCAUUUGGUGGGAUGACCACCGCAGAGGGACCAAAAGUCCGUAUCUCCGGGAAUGAGGCUCCUAUUGAAGUAGAAGAUAUCGACUUUGGCGAGGCGGAGGACCGGAAUGCCCAUGACGAGUACGACGAGAUGGAAUCCGGCUCGGAUAACGAUGAGGAGGAAGAGAAGGAAUUCGAGCUUGAGGACGAGGAAUCCGGGACGGGCCCACGGCGGAUGCAUAUCUUGCCGCUCUAUUCGCUUCUUCCGACGAAAGAGCAGAUGAAAGUCUUCGAACCACCUCCUGAAGGCUCCCGUCUGGUCAUUCUGGCUACUAACGUGGCUGAGACCAGUUUGACCAUUCCGGGCAUCCGAUACGUCUUCGACUGCGGAAGGUCGAAGGAGCGGAAGUACGACCCGGUGAGCGGCGUCCAGAGCUUUGAGAUCGAUUGGAUCAGCAAGGCAAGCGCAAAGCAAAGAGCCGGCCGUGCUGGCCGUACGGGCCCAGGUCACUGCUGGAGGCUAUAUUCCUCAGCGGUCUACGAGAGGGAUUUCCCCGAAUUCUCACCUCCUGAGCUUCUUCGUAUGCCUAUUGAAGGCGUCGUGCUACAGCUCAAGUCCAUGAACCUCCAACACGUGGUCAACUUUCCCUUCCCGACCCCGCCUGACCGGCAGAGUAUUGUCAAAGCCGAGCGACUUCUCACUUACCUGUCGGCGAUCUCACCGAGUGGGCAAAUCACGCCAGUUGGCGCCAGCAUGUCUAUCUUUCCUUUAGCACCGCGCUUUGCCCGGAUAUUACUGGUUGGGCAUCUCCACGAUUGCCUCCCAUAUACCAUCGCCAUGAUAGCCGGACUGUCUGCGGGCGAGAUCUUCGUGCCUGAGAACCAAGCCAUCCCGGCAGCUGUCGAGCAAACCGAAGAGUUCCGCACCAACGAGGAAGUUAUUGCCGAGGACAAGCGGGCAAGGAUACGAAAAGCUUUCAACUCAGUGCACAAAAAUUUCUGCUCGCUUGACGACAAAUCCGAUGCCAUGAAAAUCCUCCAGGUAGUCGGCGAGUUCGCCCACGAGCCCACUGAGGAAUGGUGUGAGAGUCACUUUGUUCGAUACAAGGUCCUCAAGGAAAUUAUGCAGCUCCAAACCCAACUCGCCAAUCUCGUCAAGACAAACUUGCCCGCCUUUGCGAAUUUCAAGCUUCCAGAGAAGCUCCCUCGACCAACUCAGCAACAAAUCCAAGCCCUCAAGCAGAUGGUAGCCGCGGGCUUUGUUGACCAGGUGGCGAUUCGCGCCGACAAGGCACCCAACCCACCGGAGAUGUACCGAAAGCCUCAGCGCGCCAUCGACGUGCCGUAUAUCCCGCUCAUACCUCUCGAUUCCGGCGAUCAGGGAGCAAUCGAUCCGGCUGACAAGCUGGUGUAUAUCCACCCGUCAUCGCCGCUGGCGCACCUGAGCGUAGAGGAGUGCCCGGAGUACGUCGUGUAUGCACAUCUCCAGCGCGCAGGGAAUGUUUUGGACGACGGCAGCGGAAAGAAACCCAAGACGAGGAUGCAUGCUCUUACGGACUUGACGGGCGCGCAGCUGGCCAACGUCGCUAAGGGCACGCCGCUGAUUACAUACAGCAAGCCGGUCAAAGAAGUACAAGGGUCUGACGACGGGAAGACGAGAGAGGUGUGGGUCGUGCCGUAUUUGAGGGCGGAGACGGGCGGCGGAUUGGGAUGGCCCCUGCCUAUGCGAAAGAUCAAGCAGAAGAGGGUGUUAGGAAAGGGGUGGGUGGUUGAGUAA